CACACUCAAGGCCACAACGCACUCGAUCGGCAGUCGCCACCGUACACGUGAGAUCGAGAACUUUGAUCAUCGACCGCGACAUCGCCAUGGGCGGACUCUCCAUGGACCAGGCCUUCGUGCAGGCACCGGAGCAUCGCACGAAGGCGAACCUCGCCGACGCGGACGGCAUCCCGGUCGUCGACCUCUCCCCUCUCGCCGCCGGCGACAAGGCCGGCGUGGACGCCCUCGCGGCCGAGGUGGGCAGGGCGAGCCGGGACUGGGGGUUCUUCGUGGUGGUGCGCCACGGCGUGCCGGCGGAGACGGUGGCGCAGGCGCUGGAGGCGCAGAGGGCCUUCUUCGCGCUGCCGGCGGACCGGAAGGCGGCAGUGCGGAGGGACGAGGCGGCGCCGCUGGGGUACUACGAGUCGGAGCACACCAAGAACGUCAGGGACUGGAAGGAGGUGUUCGACAUCGUCCCCCGCGAGCCGCCGCCGCCUGCCGCGGUUGCCGACGGCGAGCUCGUGUUCGAGAACAAGUGGCCCGAGGACCUGCCGGGGUUCAGGCAGGCGCUCGAGGAGUACGCGGAGGCGAUGGAGGAGCUGGCGUUCAAGCUGCUGGAGCUGAUCGCCCGGAGCCUGGGCCUGAGACCGGACCGGCUGCACGGCUUCUUCAAGGACCAGACCACCUUCAUCCGGCUGAACCACUACCCGCCCUGCCCCAGCCCCGACCUCGCCCUCGGCGUCGGCCGCCACAAGGACGCCGGCGCGCUCACCAUCCUCUACCAGGACGACGUCGGCGGGCUCGACGUCCGGCGCCGGUCCGACGGCGAGUGGGUGCGCGUCAGGCCUGUCCCGGACUCCUACGUCAUCAACGUCGGCGACAUCAUCCAGGUGUGGAGCAACGACAGGUACGAGAGCGCGGAGCACAGGGUGUCGGUGAACUCGGAGAAGGAGAGGUUCUCCAUGCCCUACUUCUUCAACCCCGGGAGCGACGCCAUGGUCGAGCCGCUGGAGGAGAUGGUGAGCGACGAGAGGCCGGCCAGGUACGACGCCUACAACUGGGGCAACUUCUUCAGCACCAGGAAGAACAGCAACUUCAGGAAGCUCGACGUCGAAAACGUCCAGAUCGCACACUUCAGAAAGGACCGACCUUAAAUGAAGGACCCCUAAUGAAUUCAUGAUCCUACCGCUCUCCUUGAGAGCCUUCUUCCCAAAUGCCUAGUUUAGUCCUAAAAAGUCCCUCUCGUUUGAUAAAAAAGUUUCUAGGAGGGACUUUUUCUAGUCCCUACACAAAAAAGUCCCUGAAAACAAACACCCCCUUAGUGAUCCUAGUGCUACAAGCAUCUCCCCAUUUGUAGUAAUAUAAAUAAGUAUUGUGCAUAUUAAUAAUUACUUCCUCUUCCUCUGUUUCAAAAUAAGUGAUGAUGUGGUUUUAAUUCAAAUUUGAACGGAGGCAACUAAAAGAGAUAUUUUAGGACUGA